CCGCGGGUUCCGCCGCCUCGGGAGCCUUCGGAGCCCUCAGUCCAGCGAGGUGGUGGCGGCGGGGGGCGCGGCGGCGGCGGGUCUCCCGCGCGGCCGCGAUGCUGAGCUCCCGGGUCCAGGCGGCGAUGACCGCGGCCGACAGGGCCAUCCAGCGCUUCCUGCGGACCGGGGCGGCCGUCAGAUAUAAAGUCAUGAAGAACUGGGGUGUUAUAGGGGGACUUGCUGCUGCCCUUGCCGCAGGGAUCUAUGUGAUUUGGGGUCCCAUUACAGAAAGAAAGAAGCGUAGAAAAGGGCUGGUGCCCGGGCUGGUCAACUUAGGGAACACCUGCUUCAUGAACUCCCUGCUGCAAGGCUUGUCUGCCUGCCCCGCUUUCAUCAAGUGGCUGGAAGAGUUUACCACCCAGUACACCGGGGAUCAGAAGGAGCCCCCCCCACACCAGUAUUUAUCCUUAACCUUGUUGCACCUCCUCAAAGCUUUGUCCUGCCAAGAAGUUACUGACGAUGAGGUCUUAGAUGCGAGCUGCUUGUUGGAUGUCUUAAGAAUGUACAGAUGGCAGAUCUCUUCAUUUGAAGAACAGGAUGCCCACGAGUUAUUCCACGUCAUUACCUCGUCCUUGGAAGAUGAGCGGGACCGGCAGCCCCGGGUCACACAUUUGUUUGAUGUGCACUCCCUGGAGCAGCAGCCAGAGAUAACUCCUAAACAAAUAACCUGCCGUACGAGAGGGUCACCUCACCCCACGUCCAAUCACUGGAAAUCCCAGCAUCCCUUCCAUGGAAGACUUACGAGCAACAUGGUCUGCAAACACUGUGAGCACCAGAGUCCCGUUCGAUUCGAUACCUUCGAUAGCCUUUCACUGAGUAUUCCAGCUGCCACAUGGGGGCAUCCACUGACCCUGGACCACUGCCUUCACCACUUUAUCUCAUCAGAAUCAGUGCGGGACGUCGUAUGUGACAACUGUACGCAGAUUGAAGCCAAAGGGACGUUGGAUGGGGAGAAGGUGGAACACCAGAGGACCACCUUUGUCAAGCAGCUGAAACUAGGGAAGCUCCCUCAGUGUCUGUGCAUCCACCUGCAGCGGCUGAGCUGGUCCAGCCACGGCACGCCCCUGAAGCGCCAUGAGCACGUGCAGUUCAAUGAGUUCCUGAUGAUGGACAUCUACAAGUACCAUCUCCUGGGGCACAGACCCGGGCAGCACAGCCCUAAACCCGGCGAGAGCGCGGGGCCCUCGCUCAACCUGCAGGACGGGCCGGCCGCCCCCAGAUCAGUUUUGAAUCAGCCAGGGGGUCCGAAAACACAAAUUUUUAUGAAUGGCGCCUGCUCCCCAUCUUUAUUGCCUACCCUGCCAGCCCCAAUGCCCUUCCCCCUCCCAGUUGUUCCUGACUACAGUUCCUCCACGUACCUCUUCCGGCUGAUGGCGGUUGUCGUCCACCACGGAGACAUGCACUCAGGACACUUCGUGACUUACCGACGGUCCCCUCCUUCGGCCAAGAACCCUCUCUCCACCAGCAACCAGUGGCUGUGGAUCUCCGAUGACACCGUCCGCAAGGCGAGCCUGCAGGAGGUGCUGUCCUCCAGCGCUUACCUGCUGUUUUACGAGCGCGUCCUUUCCAAGAUGCAGCACCAGGGCCGGGAGUACAGGUCGGAGGAAUGACCACCCCGGCUCCGGAGCUAGAGCCGUGGCACUGUCCACACGGGCCAGGAACAAGGCAAAAUCGGACUGUGUGUGUGCACGCAAGAGGCCCCACUAGAGUCCUCAGCCUUCUGGUGUGUUCUAAGAGCAGGCCCCACGCAGGAGCCAGUGGCCCCAGUUCAAACCAGAUCAGGCUCCCUGAAUGGUGCGCACCGGACGGUGUCCUUGUGCUGGGACAGCAUUCAUUCUGUGUAGAACGUCUUUUUACUCACCUGCUAAUUAAAAGAAAUCCAACUCUGGAA